CCUCUCUCUCUCACACACACACACUAGUUCGUGUGUAUAGAGAGGCUGCGAAGACUUAUAGGCCCUAGUUAUAAUCUACUAUUUGUACAAUUCCCUCACAUGCUCUCUCUCACUCUACACUCUUUGAGGAUAUAUUUGUGUUUUUCCUGCGAACAACGAAAAAGAGCACUAUUUUCUCGAUCUUCAUCUUUCUUGUCAAAGUGCUAGGUGAUGGAAGAGCUCAACAAGGUGCUCGAAUCAUUCUACAAGCAAAAAACAUCACUUAUCGAUAAUUAACAGCCACAAAUGAGAAGCGUGCAAGAUGAUCUUUUCUCAAUUAAAUCUUUCUAUAACAUACUACUUGAAAGAGAAUGGGGACUUCCCUUACACUUCAAUUGGGUUCCAGGGCUUCAAGAAAAUUGAAAAACAGCGUGGAUAGCCAUCCUCAUAACAGAAUUUGAAUUUAUACAAGUUGGUGUUUCAUAUGCAAGAUUGCUGUAGAGAAUAUUAAUGAUUGUUGCUUCAUUGUUCGAGGCAAACAUUUUAUGGUGCAUAGUGUGGAAGGUGUUUGUAACUGAAGGGGCGACAUCAAGAAUGGUUAGAGAGAUACUACUAGGGUGGAAGUUUAGAUGGAAGAGGCUGAGAAUGAGAUUAUUGAAAUUAGCUCCUUUGUUUCAUUUGGAUAAUAUAGACAAGAACAAAUAGAAGAGCAUUUGAAGGAGUUGAAAGACACUUGUAAAUAGUUUCAGGUCCUCAGAUAUGCUUCAUGAAAGAAAUUAAAUAUUGCUGAUAUUUGCUAUCAAGGGCCACUAUGGGUGAAGGUGCAAAAAGGCGAAAGUCUUUGUGGGAUGCCGAAGAUGAGAGUCCAAAUAUUCCGAAUUAUGAGGAAUGGGGAGCUCCAAAAGCCGACAAUUCAUGGCAGUCCAAAAGUAGAUCUGGUUGGUCAUCUGGGGACAAUAUUACAGGAACUGAAGAGCCAACGAAGGAAAACUACCAUUACAAGAGCAUGUCUCCAGCUUUUGAAAGGCGGGGAAGGCGAAGCAAUAGCCACUCUCCGGAUAAUGGUCGGGCCCAGUCUCGCAGAUACCCUGGAAGAGCCAGGAGCAGGAGCAGGAGCAGGAGCCGGGGAAGGGGAGAAGGUAAGAGCAGGAGUCGCAGUAGGGGACGGGACAGGUUUAGGACCAGCAGCAGAAGCAGGAGCAGGAGCAGGAGCAGGAGCAGGGGUAGUAUGAGAGUUCAGAAUAGGAGUCGUAGUCCACUCCAUAAUUCUAAACGUGAUCCAUAUGCAUCAGGUGAUAGAAGAACUGGCCUUCAUAUAUCUUCCCAGGUAUGCAGAAAUUUUGCAGCAGGGAAGUGUAGGAGAGGCAGUGAUUGCAGAUACUUUCAUCCAGAUGCUGCCAGUCAUAGGGAUGGAGGUCAUUCAGAGGACAGCUUGGCAGAAAGAUUGGGUAGUCGACCAGAGCGUGGACAUAUCUCUAGGUAUAAUGAUAGUGAAGGUCCUGGGUACCAAUCAAGGGACAGGCUUCCUGACAUGCAUCAUUUGGAGGAUGAGCUGCACAGAAACCGGAGUAGAGGUACAGUUACUUGUUGGAAUUUUGUGAAAGGCAACUGUCGCUGGGGUGCAUCGUGCAGAUUUUCUCAUGAUGGUGCCUCAGGUGAUAACUAUGACAAAGGCACUCGGAGUGCAUCCUUUGAUCAUGGUCAGGACAAUCAAACAAGCAGAACCGGAAAAUCACUUUGUGAGUACUUUGCAGCGGGGAAGUGCUAUAAGGAUAAUUGCAAAUUCUCUCAUGAUGCCACAUCAAGAAAUCAUGAAAUUAGGCCCUCAGAUGACAUUGGUGGCCAUAGGUUUGAUGACAAGAAUAACUGGUUAAAUGGUCCAAAGUGGGAUGAUGAAGGAAGGCCCUCAGACCUUGUAAAGGCUAGUGGGUGGGAUGAAAGUGUUGUGAGAAAAGAUACUGCUGUCACAGUUCUUACGGAUAAGACCAAUGAAAGACCCGGCCAUAGUUUCGAAAAUGAGAACAGAGCCUGGGGAAGCACAGAACCACAAGUUAUGAAUUCUGACAGAGAGAGAGGCGUUUCUCCUCACAGGGGGGGUGCUGGUCAUCUUAAUGCUUUGAACAUUUCAGAAUCUUCAGUUAUACAUAACUUUACAAAUGCUCAAGAUAUUCAUCUCACUUCCCAAGCUUCUGAUCUAAAUAUGGAGAGAACUUCAGCACACGUCCUUGGACAUAAUUCAAAUCAAGAAGCUUCAGGCAUUGCUCUAUCUGCCACAACCACUCAGCCUUAUGGAUCUGCUGGACCUUUUGUACAGCCUCUGGGACUGAUAGAAGAUAGCUUUGCCAGAACACUUGGCUCUAAUGCAGUAAAUGAUUUUAUGAAUACUAGAGAUAGUGUUCAUCACGUCCGUUUGCCUGGCCAGAGCUUCAAUGGAACAGGUGGUAUGAGCUCUGAACAUUCUGGAGUUCUGAAUGGAACACACCAAGAACCAGAUGUAUUCUUACCUAUCCCAUCAACUGGCCACAACAAGAGAGAAGCACCUGGCACACCCGAGAUGCUGGAAUUCAAAGUCCCUCAAAAUCUUUCCGGUACUGUUACUGGUGAGCAAGUACACCAAAUGGAAACCUCUCCAACGUCUAUGAUAAAGAAAUUUGAGGAAGGACUGCGAGAAGCCCAACUACAAAGUGUCUUAAAUCCCUCUGGUCCUUCAGCAAUGCUAUCUUCAAAUCCCAUUUCUUCACUUGUUCAUGCUCUAUAUAGUCAGACCAAUCCUGAGAUGAGGGUUCCAGAUAACUACCAUCCCCCAGAUGGCUUAGAGUUGAAUACAUCUGGCAACUUUAAGUUGCCCCCUGACAAUUCGUUCUAUUUGGAUAGAGAUAGUAAUAAGGCUCCCAUGGAGCAAAUGAAUCAAUCAUCUACUGUUGAUCCUGAACUUGGAAAUAAUGAUCAAAUUGAUGAAGUGAAGCAGCAGGAGAAUAAAUUAGUUGAACUCAACGGAAAAGAUAAAUUAGCUCCCGAGGAGUCCAAGGAUGUGCAAGAAAAUGAUCAUCCAGGAGCUAUGAAUAUGCAUGGAAAGGUUGAGGAGGGAAGCGGUAACAAAGAUGAAAAGGUGAUGCGGUUAUUCAAAAAUGCUCUGAUAGAGUUUGUUAAGGAGAUCCUAAAACCCACAUGGAAAGAAGGUAAGAUGAGCAGAGAAGUUCAUAAAACAGUUGUUAAGAAGGUGGUUGAUAAGGUGACCAGUGCAAUUCAAGGAGAACAAGUCCCUAAGACGCAAGAGAAAAUAGAGCAAUAUCUGUCCUAUUCAAAGCCUAAAAUUACCAAACUUGUACAGGCAUAUGUGGAGCGAUUUCUGAAGAAUGAAGCUUGAGAUGCCGUACUGCAACAUGUACUGGAAGGUUUAGCUAUGUUAGAUAUUUUUGUUUGCUGAAGCCACAUCUCCUAACUAGUUUGAUAGAUUUGGUUUAUCAAGCAGUUAUCUGUUAUUCCGACCAUUUAUUUUCCGAGUUACCCAUGUUUGAGCAUUAUAUGUAAUUGGCCUUCCCUACUUACAGAUUCAAUCACAUGGUAGUUUCCCUUUCUUAAUUGUGCUGAUUUCUCAGUCUACAUGCUUAUUAGCUUGUCAGUUUUUUCUUCUUGUGUCUGAUUGAAGUACAACUUCUUUAUGAUUUAUUAAUGAGUACCUUGUUUGCCAGAUACAA